AUGUUUUUUCGCCGCGCAACGACGCUCGUGCUGCUGUGCACAUUGCCAACCAAGGCAGCGCGACUUGACACACGAAAUCGAAAGUUUACCGAUCAGACUGCGGAAGCCGAAAUCUCCGUAUUCAACCACUCUCUUGCGGUGUUGGCUGGUCAGUCCAUUGGCGCUUCCACGCCCAACUCGCAGCCCGGGCCACUACUAUGCCCCACGGGUGUUUGUGCAGAUGACUCCUACUGGGUGUGUACUAACCAUGUGCCUAAGGUUGUGGAAGCAAUGGAAAGUGCGGCUUUGAAGAAGAGAAUUGCGGUGCUGGAUGUGUGA